AGAAGAGCUCUAAGACCACCACCAUAUGACUUGUGGGAAACUGGAUAUAUUAACGACCCAGACAUAAGGGGGUUGAGCUCUAAAUACAGAAGAUUAAGAGGAAAGGAAGACAAUCAUUAUAUAUAUAUUUUGUUGUUGCAUCAACCCUCCUCCCAUGUUGUUCAGGAGAGACUGCAGCUCCAUCGCUACAGCGCUGCAGGAGCACAGUGAGGAGGAGGAGGAGGAGGAGGAAGGAGAGAACAAGACAGAAGAAGAGGGGAGCAAAGGGGAAAUAAACAGUCAGUUAGGUCGUCUGAGGUGUGUGUGUGUUCAGUGUGUGUGUGUGUGUGUUUACGGAUGUGUGUGUUCGGAUGUUUCCAGCCCAUUCUAUAGCUAUAGCCCAUCUCUGUUUAUUUCUGGGGCGUACUGGUGAGGUACGAUCUCUCUCCCGUCUCUAUCCUCUCUCCCUCUCCCGUCUCUAUCCUCUCUCCAUUUCUGUGUGCCAGUACGGCACAGCUAGACGGGUGGUGGUGGUAUGUCUGAUUGAGCUCAUCAGGCUGUGCUCGCUGUGGCGCUGCUGCCGUCAGGGCCUCUGGGACUAUUAGAAAAGCCUGGGCCUAGCCUGUCUGGAGUGCCCCAGCCAACGGAGAGGUGAGUGGGUUAGUGCCAUCCCAGCUGGCGAGGAGGGUGGAGGAGGAGGAGGGUGGAGGAGGAGGAGGAGGAGGAGGAAGAGGAGGAGAAGAGGAGGAACGCAUACAGCCGUGGGAAGCAGAAUGCUCGGCCGGCAGUAGCAUCUAGCAUCCUUAACGUCGCGCCAGGCCCAGACCGAGAUCCAGACCCUGCCACCUCCAUUGACAGACAGAUGAAACCUCUCUCUCCGUCCCAGGUGAUGUUCUCUGGACCAAGCCCUGCUCUGUACAAGACGGGGAACCUGUUUUUGAUUCCAUUAUCAUAACAAAAACAACAACAAGAAAGUAAAGGGAAGUACUAGGAGAUCUAAACCUCCAUGAUUCUAUCUCCAUCUUCGCCUCCCGGCCCUGAUCUUUCUGUGUCAACCUGAUUUUCUCUUCUUGACGUUCUGAGGAUUUUGCCUAAACCUGUUUCAUGCAUGUCCACUGGAGGCAGGUUUGACUUUGAUGACGGGGGGUCGUACUGUGGAGGGUGGGAGCAGGGCAAGGCCCAUGGCCGGGGGGUCUGCACAGGGCCACAGGGUCAGGGGGAGUACGCCGGGGCCUGGAGCCACGGCUUCGAGGUCCUGGGCGUCUACACCUGGCCCAGCGGGAAUAGCUACCAGGGCACGUGGGCGCAGGGGAAACGCCACGGUGUCGGCGUGGAGAGCAAGGGCCGCUGGGACUACAGGGGGGAGUGGACGCAGGGCUUCAAGGGACGCUACGGCCAACUGGAGAGCACGGUUAGCGGGGCCCGUUACGAAGGGACCUGGAGCAACGGCCUGCAGGAUGGAUACGGGACUGAGACGUACUCCGAUGGAGGUACGUUCCAGGGCCAGUGGCUGGGGGGGAUGCGGCACGGCUAUGGGGUCCGGCAGAGCGUGCCAUACGGCAUGGCGGCCGUCAUCCUCUACCCACUCCGCACGUCCAUAAACUCCCUCCGCUCAGAGCACAGCCACGGCCCCCCCACCCCGCUGGAGGACGGCGCCGGGACCGCCGUCUCGCCUGCCGACGGGGUGGUGGGGGGCGGGCUGGUCGGGAGUCCCGUGGGGAGGGGGGGCUUCGCUCUGACUGCGCCCAGCGAGGCGGACCGUCGGGGGAAGAGGAAAGGCCGUUUCCGUCAGUCGAUCCUGAGUGGUCUGAAGCUGCGUCGCUCCGAGUCCAAGAGUUCCCUGGCCAGCCAGCUGAGUAAACAGAGCUCGUUCUGCAGCGAGGCCGGCAUGAGCACCGUCUCCUCUGCCGCCUCCGACAUACACUCCAACGCUAGCCAGGACGGCGAGCAGGGCGCUCCUGUGGAUGCCACGGUCACCGAGGCCUACGCCGGCGAGUGGCGCAGUGACCAGCGGGCGGGUUGGGGCGUGAGCCGGCGCUCCGACGGUCUACGCUACGAGGGGGAGUGGGUUGCCAACAAGCGCCAUGGUUACGGCUGUACAACGUUCCCCGACAGCACCAAAGAGGAAGGGAAGUACAAGCAGAACGCGCUGGUCAGCGGGAAACGGAAGAACCUGAUUCCUCUGAGAGCCAGUAAGAUCAGGGAGAAGGUGGAGCGGGCUGUGGAAGCAGCUGAGAAGGCUGCAGACAUCGCCAAGCAGAAGGCAGAGAUCGCCCUGUCCAGGAUGAGCCACGCGAGGGGAAAGGCGGAUGCAGCUGAAGGUGUGGCCCUGAAGGCUAGCGAGGAAUGUCGGAUGGCCAGGGUCGCUGCCAAGGAACUCUCGCCGUCAUUCCAUAUCCAUGGAAACGGUGAAUCCAACGGUCUGGAGUGCCAGCGGCCCAAUAAGCACCAGGACAACAAAGACCACGAGAUCAUUUCCACGGGAACUGACAGUCCUGAGCUGUGCACCCCGGACACCACGCCUCCCUUGAUAACGCCUGACCUCAGCCCAGUCCUGAGCGUCCCCCCCUCGCCCCCCCGAAGCCCGCCGACCGCUAAACAAGGCCACUCUCACCGUCCCAGAAACGCCUGCUUCAUGCGGCAGAGCGCUGUGGACGACCAGGGAGGAGGAGCAGAGAUACAGGUGCUAGUGGAGGGGCGGGGCAUGGAUCUCCAGAGGGGAGGAGCUAACAACUGGACAGAGGACAUGUAUCCAGACCCGGGGGUCACAGCAGCCAAUCCACCACCCCGUCUCUACUGGAGGAGCAGGAGGGACAAGUCAAUGGCCACCAGCUGGCCCCGUCCAACCACAAACCGAGGGAGAAGGCCUCGACCAACCACAAGUCCCGGGAGCACACUUCCUCUUCCUAUAGGUCGUGGGAGCACUCCUCCUCGUACAACCAGAAGCCCUCAAAGCACACCUCAUCCAAUCACAAGUCGAGGGAGUACAUGCAGUCCAAUCACAAAACAUGGGAUCAUUCCUCCUCCUCCACCAAUCACAGGGCCUGUGAGAAUGCCUCUUCCAAUUACAAGCAGCAGGUGCACAUUUCAUCCAAUCACAAAGCCUUGGAGCAUAACCUGUCCAAUCACAAGACUUCUGAGCAUGCUUCUUCCAAUCACAAGUCGUGCCAAGAUUAUACCUGCUCCAAUCACAUCCCAAAGGACAAUGUCUCCUCAGCCAAUCACAAUGGCCCCCGAGAGCAUGUGUACUCCAACCACCAUUCCAAGCAGCAGCACAUCUCAUCCAAUCACAAGCUUAGCAAGCAUGCCUUGCCCGACCCCGGGCUCGACAGCCCCGCAGAGGGCUGGACUGCCGAAGGCGCCCUGCAGUGGAGCCCUGCCCACUCGCGCCUCAUGGACCGAGAGGAAGAGGAGGACAGGCUGGGAGAUUACACAGUAGACAUGAGGUUCCAGCCCCUGGACUCCACUACCCAGAUGUCCCCUGGCCAUUGCCCCAAAAGCAGGCUGCGCCCGCGGGGCCUGCGGCCGGUCAAGGAGGGCUCCAUGGACUCUGU